AUGCUGCACACCCAAGUAAUGAACCUCCUUGAGUGGGUAUCCACCAAAAUCAAGGGGAAGAGCAACGAAAACAGAAUAUAUCUUAUCUCAAACUUUGAAGUUAGGAAGGAAAACCAUGAGCUAUACAUAAAGAAAGCUCACGAAAAGCUAAAGGAAGAGGACCUCAACAUAGACCUAAUAUUUGGAAAAAAACAUAGGAAUGAAAUAAGAACGGCAAAAUAUAAGGUGUAUAGUUUCCUACCACUGAUCGUGUUCUUUCAAUUCCUACGUUUGGGAAAUUUGUACUUUCUCUCCAUCUCCAUGCUACAACUCAUCCCAGAAAUUACAGACUCUAAGGGAAUGCCAACCUACCUAAUCCCUCUAGUAUUCAUUAUCGUUGUCGCUAUGAUCAAGGAAUUUUUCGAAGACCUACAAAGACAUAAAUCUGAUAAUGAAGAAAACAGUAAGAAGACAAUGGUUUUUGAAGAGGGCAUCUUGAAGGAGAAAAAAUGGGCAGAUGUAAAGGAUGGAGAUGUCGUGAAAAUAUUUUCCUAUGAAUAUUUCCCUGCUGAUUUAAUUAUUCUCAAUUCGUCAAACAAAAAAGGAAUUGUAAAUAUUGAAACGAAGAAUGUUGAUGGAGAAUCCAACGUGAAGCAAAAAUAUUGUCUUCCAGAUGUAGUUAAAUAUUUCCAGGACGAUAAACAUGCUGGCUACUGCCAAAUGGAAUUAAUAAGUGAAAGUCCUAAUGAUAAUAUUUUUGAUUACAAGGGGCAUAUGCUCUUACCUCCUCUUCAAUAUAAAAAAGACGGAGGACAAGUAGUGCAUUUUUAUGAUGCGUAUAAAGGAGGAACCGUUUCUGGGGAGGAUCCAACUGGGGGCACAAAAAGAAAGAAAACAGAAAAAAAACGAAAAAUAAAUAGUAGUAAUAACAGUAUUAAUAAUAGUAGUAAUAACAGUAUUAAUAAUAGUAGUAAUAAUAGUAUUAAUAAUAGUAUUAAUAAUAGUAGUAAUAAUAGUAGUAAUGAUAAUAGCUAUCAUACGGAUGAAGAGAAUAAGGAAGGAGGCACCCCCACAUGGAAUGACAAGGGGGGAAAUGAUUACUCCAAUGAAGAUCACCUCUGUUCCGAACGUACAGUUGUCCAGGCCACCAUAGACAAUGUAGUCCUUAGAGGAACAUCACUUGUAAACACAAAGUGGAUCUAUGGACUUGUUAUCAACACAGGAAAUAGAACCAAAUUGAUGAAGAAUGCCUCUACCAAGUCAAGACAAAAAUGGUCUAGACUAGAAUUCGUUUAUGGGAACCAUGUUAUCGUUCUCAUAAUAUGCCAGGUGUUAAUUUCCUUCAUCGUUGCCAUAGCUGGCGUUUUAUGGAUGAGGAGAAAGGGUUACAAGUUAUGGUACUUAAAUUUAGGUCAUCAGGCCGAUAGUCUCAAAACUUUCUUUAUUACCAUUGGCUCCAUGAUUCUUCUGUUUGGAUCGUUCAUACCAGUGGAUCUACUCCUAAUUUGGGAGGUCGUUCGUCUUCUACAAGGAUAUCUAAUAAACUGGGAUAACGAUAUGUACAGCACCAAAAGUGGGAGGCAUGCAUUAAGCAAAGCUGGACAGUUACUUGAAGAAAUGGGAAACGUCACGCACAUUUAUUCAGACAAGACUGGCACUCUCACGCAGAAUAUUAUGCAGCUGCAGAAUAUCGGGCUCGGGAACAAGGGUAUCUAUGGGUUUUACGAUUUUAGCAACAUUAAGGAGAACAUCAGAAGGAAGCACGGGGGGGGUAGCCAUGACAGUUCUGACCCUUUCUCCCCAGGGAGUGCAAAAAGUGUGGAAAGCCGAAUGAGCAGGAUGAGCGGGAUUAGCGCCGGGGAGGAUUUACCCACCAGGAACAGUGGAAACCUGAAGAUAAGCUCGGAGCAUGGCAGGGGAGAGUCGAGCGAAUUUCCCCCCCUCACGUGGUCCAAGACUUCCGUCAACCCACACAAGGAGAAGAAGAACCUCAUGCACAGGAACAGCCUCGCCAGCGAGCACGCAACCGCGGAUGUCUACACGGAGGACGAUUUCGAAAGGGGAGAAAACGAGUUUGUUUUCUUUAACAGAAUUCUCUUUGUCAAUAAAAUUUACAGCAUCAGGAAUGACGUGCAGGAUCAGGUGCACUUCCUCUUGCUCGUGCUCAGUCUUUGUCAUAGCGCCAUGAUAAGGAAUAUAGACAUCGACGAGAUGGAAGAGGUAGGGGGUGCGGCGAACGAGACAGCUGAAAGUGCUCCUGUUUCGGCGGAACCCAUGGUGGGACCCUCUGUCGAAUCCAAAGCCGGUGAAGAACUCGAUUCCCUUGCCCCCUCCCGUGCGGCAUCCAGCGAAGGAAACCUGGAGAAGACCAAAAUAUUCGACCGGGAAACCAUGAUCAACUACACAUACCUCACUCAACCGCAGCCGCAGUACGACGCUAGCUCGCCGGAUGAAUUGGCGCUGAUAAGCACGGCUCUCUAUCUGGGUUGCGAAUUCGUGAAUAGACCCAACCUGACGAGGAUCGAAAUUGAGCUGACGUCCACGUUCGCGCAGAGGUUCAUCCUGGGGGAGAAGGCGUACAACGAUUUUCUGCAGAAGAAGGGUUACUAUGAAGACAAUUUUGAUGCCUGCUUUCCGGAGGUUAAUUCUCCUAUGGAAGGGAGAAGACAGCCCAAGCUGAAUGAUACCACUGAGAGGGGGGACGCCAACCAGGGAGGCGACAAACGGGGAGGCGACAAACGGGGAGGCGACAAACGGGGAGGCGACAAACGGGGGAGUGGAAAGCGGAUAAGCCACGUAGAGGAGGGAGGCGGCAUUCUCCACAUGUCUAUCCCGAUGAAGAAUAUCUUUGGGGCGAACAAAGCCAGUCCAAAGGAGGUGAUCAAAAGUGAGGGAAAAAAAAUCAAGCGGGUGGUUGUGCCUAUAUUGGCCUACGAAAUAUUAGACGUCUUCGCAUUUGACAACGUGAGGAAACGCAUGUCCUUAAUUAUAAAAAAUGAGAAGAAAGAAAUCUACAUGCUAGUCAAGGGAGCGGACACCAGUGUGUUGAAGCUAGCGGCAAAGAAUCAAGAGCACAUAGUAGACCACGUGAUGUACCAGUUGAAUGCAUUUGCUACAUCUGGAUUAAGAACCCUCGUAUUAGGAUACAAACAUCUAACGCAAGAGGAAUUUAAUAAAAUGUAUCAGGAACAUGUGGAGGCAAGAAAAAGGUUGGAGAUGCGAAAAGACGAUGAUGGAAGCUUGGGUAAGUUCUACGAUGAAGCAGAAGAUAAUUUAAUUAUUAUUGGGUGUACGGGGGUGGAUGAUAAGUUGCAGGACGACGUUCCGCAGGUUAUACAGGAUCUGCGGGACGCUGGAAUUACCAUCUGUGUUCUCACAGGAGAUAAAUUAGAGACGGCCAUAAAUAUAGGACAUUCAAUUAACAUAUUAAAUAAAGAAACAUACAACGCAGUGUUCACGGAAACGGACCCGACUGUCUUGUUAGAACAAAUGAUUAUUCAUGAAAAGAAUACGAACGCAGCGAACUUGCUAAAUGUGGACCAUGGAACCAAGUGGUGGAAUAGCGUCAACUGGGAAAACCUAAACUUAGACCUAAGAUCAGAAACUAUUUUGAAUUUUAUGAAAACUAAUUUUUACGGAUCUAUGAAGAAAAGCAUCGUCUCUUCUUCUAACAUGUACAAUUUGAAGAACGAGAAUUCAUUACCAGAACUAGCCAAACAGGAAAAGAUAUUCAACUCUUUCCUUGAGUCGAGUGAAUCGUUUCAUAACAACUGCAACGAUGGGGAAAAGGGAAGAAACAAGGACAAGGUCCACUACUCACAGUUCUCUAUAACCAUCACGGGAGAAGCAUUAGACGAAAUUAUGAAGAGCAAAAUUUUAAAAAUAAAAUUCUACACCUUAGCUAGAAGUGCAUCUACACUCAUUGCUUGUAGAGUGACUCCAAAACAGAAGUCCCUUUUGGUGAAAGAGAACUCUGCUUUCAAUCCAAGGGGCACCUCACUAGCCAUUGGAGAUGGGGCAAAUGAUGUGGGCAUGAUUCUAAUGGCUAAUGUUGGCGUCGGAAUAGCUGGAAAGGAGGGGUUACAAGCAGCCAGGUCAUCAGACUUUACCAUAAGCGAAUUUAAGUACUUAAAAAAAUUACUCUUCGUCCAUGGAAGGGAAUCUCUCAGGAGGAAUUCCUUUUUAGUAUACUUUUGCAUUUUUCGAAAUGUGAGCUUUUGUCUGUGUUCGAUGGUUCUAAAUUUCUGGACAGGCUACAGUGCUAUAGAUGCGUGGAACCCCUGGACCAAGCAAAUUAUUAACAUUGCUUUUACUUCUCUCCCCGUUAUUUUUUUUGUCGCCCUGGAUAAGCAGCUCCCUCACCACAUCCUCUUAAAAAAUCCUCUUCUAUAUGAGACAUCUCCAUCCACGUUAUGGCCCCUUUACUCCAAUAAGAAGAUAGAAUUCUACACCGACAAGAUAAAGCGGAUUUACAGAAACAUUUUCCAUUUCUGUCUUAUACCGUUUAGAUUAAUUCCAUUCUUUCAAAAGUCCACGAACAAAAUGAAGUCCUGGAUUGGCAAACGAUCGAAACCGGAGAAGUACAGAUCCUACGGUACUCACUACCUUUUCGUUUAUUUGCUCUUUGCCAUUUGGCUAGCUACAGUGGAAACUAUCAUUAUGCUCCAUUUUGCGACUGGUCAGGUGGACCCAAUAAUCAAGGACCACCACAAUGUAGAUAUAGACUUCCAUACAUUUUCGCAAAUUCUCUACACCCACCACGUCAUAGCAGUUAAUGCUGUCGUUGUCCUUUUAACCAACACAUGGUUCGUUAUUUCUCACAUUGUCCUGUGGAUAGAAAUUAUCGCCACAUUCCUUUUCUGGUUCAUAGUGAGUAACAGCAAACUCUUUCUAGAUAUUAUAGGAGCUGAUGAAUUGCAUGGUACAUUUGAAAAGGCACACUCCUCAGGCAACUUCUACCUAUCUAUGCUCGUCUCCCUGUACGUUUCCCUCCUGCCUUUGAUUCUCCUUAUGACAUACCAGUUCAUGAGAAAACCCACCAUGGAGCAAAUUGUCCUGGAACAACUCAAGCUAGGUAAAUUUGAAGGUCUCCGAAAAUACGAAGUUAAGAAGCUCGCCUACAUUGACAGCAAGAACAGUUCCCAUGUCUUUUCGCAUAAGGGCUUCGCCUUCGCCGUGGAGGCCAAGGAGGCCUUUUGGGGUCUUGUGCAGAAGGCCAUUUACAAAAUUAAGAUUCCGCUCACCAAGGACGAGACGGGUUCAGCAAAACCGAGACGGAAAAAUUGA